GAAACACAUUAUUAUUAUUUCAAUACUAAAAGUAUUGAAACACACAUUCAUUGCCUGUUUUUUUUGAUAAUAUAUUUAAUACAUUGCAGUCAUUAUACUAAAGGAUAGCUUAAAAUAAUAAUAAUAAUAAAAAGCAGACAUAUAUUGGACACACAUUUGAUUUGAUGACCACAAAGACAUUAUCAUCACCUAAAUCACAACACCGCGGAUGUGAUCAUCAAUUUUAGUAUCAGUUUAUUGUUUAUGUGCUCUCAAUUGUUGGUGUCUUGUAAUUGAUCCCAAAAAAAAUUAAUAAUAAACAAUUUGUGUGGGAUCAAUUAAAGGUGAUCCACCUAAACAAACCAAAUGGGUAUCUUCUAGACGACCUCAUUAUCAUCACCUAAUAGAUGUCAACAACGACAACAACAAGAAAUAUGUCGUCGACUUCAAUGCAAUUUGUAUUGAAUCCGUUGCCAUCAACUGAUGAACAACUAAACGAUAGACUUCGCGAGAUAUGCGACAAAAAUGGUCGCAACGGCGGUGGCGGCAUCGGUGGUGGUGUUAGCGGUUUGUUGUUGUCGUCGUCGGGCGGACCGUCAUCAUCAUCAUCGUCGUCGUCGUCAUCGUCAUCAAUGGCGGCCGCUUUUCAGUCUAUUAAAACAGUUGCCGUCAAUCACUGUUGUGUCAGCAGUUCGCACAUUGUCUUACUUCUUGAGGAUGGCCGCAUAUGUCGAGUGGCGUAUUCAAUAUUUACCGAUCGGUUAGACCUGUCGGCCAACGAUUCAUCAAAAAUAGUUAAUCUCAAGGGAAGCGCUGGCAGUCAUGUAUCGACACUGGCCUCCAAUCAGCGAUCAAGUCCGGCUGCCCGUCGCGGCCGAAUAUUGCGUACGUCUAACAGUGGUCGCGGUCGCGGUGGUGCCGCUGCCGGCGGUGCCAGUGUCAUAAUGGGCGGUCGGCCAGUAGUACCGGCACCGUUCGUACCCGAAGAUCUGGUAUCGCAAGCCCAGGUAGUCUUGCAGGGAAAGUCGCGCAAUCUGAUCAUUCGGGAACUACAGCGAACCAAUUUGGACGUCAAUCUGGCCGUCAAUAAUCUGCUGAGUCGUGACGAUGAAGACGCUGACGAUAUGGACGAUAGCCAAGAGUCCUAUAUGCCCAGCGAUGACCUGAUGUCGCUGUUGGACGCCGGCAUUCACAACGAUCACGCCUCAGUGAUCAUCGAUGCCGAUGCCGUCUUUCCCGACGACGUAUUCAGCUAUUCAUCUAUACGUGUCCGAUCGUCGGCAGCGGCCAAUCGCAUGUCAUCGCGUACGGCAUCGGCGGCCGAAAGAGAACGUGAUUCGAGUGCCGUUGAACGAGAUAUGUUAAGAUUUGCUUCGGAACGACAAUAUCCGACUUCCAGUGCAUCGUCGAGACGUUGGUUGGAGUACGCGCUAAGAGAUUCGGGUUCGGCAUCCGAUGCGUCAAAGUGUGCCGUAACGUCAUCGCCAGCUGACGCCAAUUUGAAUACCCGAAAGCGUACGGAUAGUUCACAGUUGAAUCCGAUUUACGUAAGCGAACAGUUGGAGUAUUGGCCAGUGGCCAGCAGCGACAAAAAGUUUAUAGCAAUGGCUUCGCUGUUUACGGAAUUGGCUGCCAUUACCAGUACUGGUCAGUUGUGUCAAUGGAAAUGGUCGGAUAGCGAACCGUUUAGGUCGCAAACAAACGACGGUGUUGUCUACUAUCAUCCGAAAGCGCUGUCAUUGGGUUUACUAACCGAACGUAUAGUUUGUUUGGCCGGUAGUUGUAUCAGAUGUUCAGUGGCUACCGAUAACAACAAAGUGGCCACUUUUAUCGACGAAAGUUUGAUGCCAAUUGCCAACAAACUCGAACACAAUUUGCUACCAUUGCCCGAAGUGACCAAUUCAUCGGAUACUAAAAUCGCAUCCCUACACGUUUGUUCACUGUUUUCGUGCGUACGCCUGGAUACCGGUGCUGUCUAUUGGUGGGGCAUUGCUCCGUAUAUGCAUCGGAAGAAAAUGUGGGAAAAAGUUCGGGCAAAGACCAAAAAACAGAGACAACCUGUCGGUAGUCAGUCGUCGUCAAGUGGAUCGUCAAGUGAUAUCAUUACCGGCGCACAGGUAUGCCUACGCAAUAGUCCAUCGUAUAGUGCCGGCGCUAUCGGUUUUACCACUUACGGUGGCCUACCAAAAGUUGGCCAACUAUUGUCAUCCGCGUGGAAUAUAACCGAUUCGUGUGCAUUCAAACUAUUAAAUUCAAAUGAAUUCAAACAACAACAACAACAGCAGCGAAACACUGGUACUACCAGUAGUUCUCAGCUAUCGUUUCCAUCAAAUUCGUUGGCAUCGGUGUUGAGAGCAAAUACCGCUGAAUCGUCGUCAUCGACGUCAAUGGUUGUCAAAGACCAACAACCGCCGAGUCCUAGUCUAUCGAAAGCGUCGUCAACUGAACGCCUGGAGAUGCCGCCGCCACCAUCGCCGGCGUCGUCAACUUGUUCGGAACCAGGGUGUAGUCCUCUACCGAAACGAUCGAAACCGCGUCACAAUAGUAAUGUAAUGUCGGGCAGCGGUGGCGGCAGUGGCCAAGACUGUUGCAAUGAAAAAGUCGAGGAAACCUGGAGUCUCAAGGAUGUCAUAUUUGUCGAAGACGUUAAAAACAUACCGAUUGGUCGGGUAUUGAAAAUUGAUGGCAACUAUGCAGCGGUCAAGUUUAACGCCUCGAACAACAAUAGUAGCCGUGCCGAUCAACACGGAUCGGAAGUGUCCAGCGAUGUUACAUCGAUAUUGCAAGAGUGUCGACUGUUACGCAAAGAUGAACUACAACUGGUCAAAGGCUCGACCUGUGCGAAGGCUUUGGACUGUUUUCAGAGAUUCCCGAAAAAAGUACACCUAUCCGAUAGUCUCGGGGUACUGGCCAUGACUGUCAGCAAUCUGGGCAUACACGCUAUUGUCCGUACGGGUACCCGAUUGAACUAUGUUGUCAUCAAUAUAACCAGCGGCCGUGUAGAACAAGAAAGUCGUUUUCCGACCGAUACUUCGGCUUUUCUAGGCCAGGACACAUCGCUAAUAUCGUUGAACUGUUACGGCGAAAACGAAAUUAUUACUAUUGUUCGCGACGGUAACGGAGCCAUCUAUCCGUUGGCCAAAGAUUGUUGUGAUUCGGUUAAGGAUCCGGUAGCGUUGGACAUUGCACCCGCUCAGGCUAUCGGUAUCGGUAUCUAUCCCGUACGGGAUGCGGCCACCAAUCAGAAGAAUCAAGUAGCCGUUAUUGCACUGGCACUGGAAAACCAGUUGCUAACGCCGGCCAUCAUCAAAAGUGAUCCCGAUCUGGUACGGCUAACGUUGGCUUCGCUCGAAAAGGAAUCGGUUUCCCAACAAGUAGUGGUCAGCGAACGAUGCGACGGUAAUCGCAAUAUCAUUCAUAUGGCCGUAUGCGCCUGUUUUCCCACUUCGAACAAAUCGACCUACGAUUCGGUGGCCUCAGUCGAUGAUCCGACUGCCGAAACGUUUGACGCGCGCAACGCAAGCCUACAGGACGUUAUGCGCAGAGCCUCGAAAUCGAUGUCCGAUCGGCUGAAUUCGGGCGUCGGCGGUACCGCUGCCGUAGUCGUCGACCGUAGCAGCGAUAAUGAUCUACGCGAACGUAGUGUUGAACCGCCGUCGGAUAGUUGCGAUUCCGAAUCGAAUGUACCGAUUGCUAUGAUCUACUAUCCGCCCGACGGUAACCAAACGUCAACUAACGAACCACUGUUGGAUCCGACCGAACAAAAACCAGUCGCCCAUUCGAUACUAUGGACACUAUUGGAUUCGCAGGUAUUGCGACCAUUCAUGAAGGAACUGUUAUGUUCGAAGGACUCGCAGGGCUAUACACCGUUUAUGAUGGCCGUCAGCGGUCGUGCCUAUUCGGCGGCCAACUAUAUUAUGACUAUUGCCGUCAAAAUAGCCCAACGAUCGUCGACGGAUUCGGAUGUCCAACAAAAAGUCUUGAUGUCUAUGCUAUAUCCGCGCGGAUCCAAUCCCGAUGACUCACCACUGCACCUGUUGUGCUGUAACGACACCUGUAGUUUUACGUGGACCGGUGCCGAACACAUCAAUCAGGAUAUAUUCGAGUGCAAGACAUGCGGCCUAAUCGGUUCACUGUGUUGUUGUACCGAAUGUGCCCGCGUUUGCCAUAAAGGACACGAUUGUAAACUGAAACGUACGUCGCCGACGGCCUACUGUGACUGUUGGGAGAAAUGCAAGUGCAAGGCAUUGAUCAGCGGCUGCCAGACGUCACGCUAUGCCCUAUUGAAACGAUUGAUUGCCGAAACCGAUUUAGUCACCUAUCCGAACGGUCGCGGCGAAAAUAUACUACUAUUUCUGGUACAAACAGUCGGUAGACAAAUCAUUGAACAACGCCAGUACCGGCCGUCCCGAUCGCGUACAUCAUUGACUCGUAAGACACCCGAAGCGGCCAGUAAUAUGGAAUCGGAAAUGCCUGACCAUGAUCUGGAACCGCCAAGAUUUGCACGUAAAGCACUCGAUAAGAUUCUCGGCGACUGGAAUGCCAUCAAAUCGAUGAUCUUAACCGGCUAUCGGCAGCCGCCCAGUUUGGCCAAUAAAAAGCAAUGUUUCGGUUUUGGUAACAGCUAUGCUGCCGCUGAGGAACAACUAUUUCUGAACAGCCAAAACGGUACGGCAUUGUUGGAUAAGUUUACCCAUUCACUGUUGGUCAGAGUUGGUUCCGAAAUGUUGGACAACCUGUUGGUAACAAUUAUACGCGAAUCUCAAAAUCCACAGUCAAGUGUAGCGAAAGAAGCUCGACUAGUGGCCCGACGUUUUGUCCGAUCAGUGGCCCGAAUCGGUAUUGUCCUAUGUAUUGAAUUGACUCCGUCAUCGUAUGCCAACUCCAAUGUACUGUCGCUGUCGUCGACUAGUCCGUCGUGGAAGAAGACAGCCGUAUCGUCGCAGUUGCAUAAAUGUCGUCGCGUUUUUCAAGCCCUACUACCCAUAGCUAUCGAAGAGUUGUGCGAAAUUGCCGAUUCGCUGAUAUCGCCGGUCAGACUCGGUAUUGUACGGCCAACGGCACCGUUUUGUCUAUCGACUACACUAUCCGAUGCCAUAACCGGCAGCGAAGAACUGUUUGCUGUCGAUCCGCUAGUAUCGCAAACCGGUGGCCGAAAUGGUGGUGUCGAUUCGCUAUUGAUGGACAUAUCGUCGGCAACCGAUUCGCUAAAUAGUAUGAACAACCCUCAGAGCAGCGGUAUCGGCGGCAGUGGUGGUAUCAUACCGUUGGUGGACGCUUCGGUUGGUGCCGAUGUUGUCAUAGGCGGCGGCGGCGGUGCUGACGAUGAACACGAAGUCGAUGUCAUUGUCGGCCAGGAAGAUGUCGAUCACGAAGGCAGCGAACACGAAGAACCAGUCGAUGGCGGCCAACACGAGGAAAGUGAUUCGGAUAGCGAUUCCAAUCCAGACGACGCUUCCUAUCAGAGCAAUAUUGACAAUGCAAGCGCCCAACGAAGUGCCGUUACGGGCGCUACGGCCGGCAGUGAUUCGGGUGUCGCUAAUUUGGCCUAUUUUUCCGAAGAAGAUUCGGGCGAUUCGUCGAAUGGCGAAGACGAAGAAGAGAGCGAAACUGCCGAAACCGAACCGGACACCGAAGAUCUGGCAUUUAUUGACGAACAAUUGGAACGCCGAGCGGCCAAUUCGGCGGGUGCGGCAACAGUGGGCGCCGUUUCGGGCAGUGUAUCCAAUUGGCGUAAUAAUUUGGCACAGCAUCUACAGUGGGCACUCAGACAGCGCGAAAUUGGCGGAACUGCCUCUACGGGAGCUGUUGGCGCUACCCGUGUGACCACUAGCGGCGGCGGAUUGUCCGGAUCGACGGGACUGAUACAUAUAGAUCCGACUACUAUUCGACGAUCGGCUACAACUGUAACACCGAUAACUACAACAUUGACGACCAAUGAAUCGGUAUCAAUGGCCACCACUACCGUUGGUCUGGCCCGAGCCUUUGCUAUUGUCAUCCGACAGAUAUCGGAUCUGUUGCCGACACUCAAAGAUCACGAGCGACAGUCGUCGUCGUCGUCGACCAUUUCGGGCAUUAAUUCGUUGCCGAUAAACACUACCGAAGCCUAUAAUUUACUCAAUUUUAUCGAAAUGAGACUCAAACCGACCUGGGAUUGGCUGAUGACAGUUAUGGACUCUACCGAAGGACAGCUACGUUUCGGCUGUGCGCUGACCAACAGCAGCGGCGGUGUAUCGUCGGCUUCGUCAUCAACGCAGACACAACCGUCGACUAGUAGUAGUAGUGCUGUCCAAUCGCACGGUUCGCGCAAUACUGGCAUUUCACUGGGAUCUGGUGGCGCUGGCGGCAGUUCGCGUCGGAUUAAUCUAAACGACGAAAAUCGUGUCACACAAUCGGGCGACUCGCGCAGCGGCGCCGCCGGUAUAACAUCGCGACGUAGCGGUGGCGGUUCGGCCGCUGGUCAUCGAUUUUUAUCGGCCGGACAUCACGGUACCAAUACUCUGGACUCGACUUCCGCGCGCAAAGACUUUCUAUCCUAUGCUAUGUCACUCAUGCGAUCGCAUAAUAGCGAACAUCUGGAUUCGCUGCCCGUUCUCGAUGUUUCGUCACUCAAACAUGUGGCCUAUGUUUUUGAUUCGCUUAUCUAUUUUAUUAAAAGCGGUUCGGAAGAGUCGGCUAGCGGUGGAAGCGUUGGCGGUGGCAGCAGCGGCGGCAACAAUAAUGGCAGCCGAUUGGUUGGUACAGCUUCGGAUCCGAUGUCUGCAGAAAAUUGGGCCAACGAUGAAGAAUCUGAUGUGAUUGAAGAACAAGACGACGAACUGAAUACGAUUCAGUCGUAUACGUUACCAGAUAUUAGUACCAUCAAUGAUGCCGAAGAUUCUUCAGCGUCGGCUUCGGCACCAAAUGGACCGCCGAGUAGUCAUAAGAGUCGUAGGCAUCCAUUUUUUCAACGAUCCGAAUCGACAUUGUUUUUAGGUUGUCCGCCACCCGAUCCGUUUUCGACGCCCCUACAGGAAGCCCUACCAUUGGCCGAUGCACCGCAUCUGUUGCAGCCGAAUAGCCGUCGUGAACAACUGUUCGGUAUUCCGCGACCAACAACUGCCAAUGUUGCCGAAGAAAUGUUCGAUACGAUACCCACUAGACUGAGCUUAAGUAACCGAAAUGUUUGUCCAGUCGAUGGCCAGUCGGCGGCUAUCGGUAUGGACUUAGCGAGUGAUAUGAUGGCGACAACCAGUUCUCAAAGUAGCGGUAGUGGUAGUCAACAAAGUCAGUACAUUGAUGGUAGUAGUAAUAGUAGUAGUAGUGCUAACCAAAGAGCACAGUCUGUGAUUAUUGCCGAAACAGGACAACAACAACAACAUCAUCAUCAACGGGCACCGAUAAUAGUGCCCGUAACUGCCAAUUCAGCGGCCAAACCCAGUGUGAUUGUGUUGGCCGGUUCGAUGAAACACCAUUCGCAGAACAGUAUCGGUAAUUCAAUGUCAAAUACGAGUGGCGGCGGACAACACUUGUUGGCCUCACAUUUACACCAACAUCAACAACAAAUUGGUGGACCAUUAUCUCUAUCGUCGUCGAUGACUAUUAGAGAGAUUAUUGACAGUCAACAACAACAACAACAGCAGCAGUUUAUUCACAAAAGAGGUGGCCAUCAUCUGCAACAACAACAACUACAACAACAAUCGCAUCAAAUGAUUGGCAAUAUGUCCCAACACGACAGCCUACUCGGUCGAUGGCGGCUAACACUGGAACUGUUUGGCCGUGUAUUUGUCGACGAUGUCGGUGCCGAACCCGGUUCGAUAAUCGGCGAUUUGGGCGGUUUUCCGGUAAAAGAGUCGAAAUUUCGUCGGGAAAUGGAACGACUGAGGAAUUCCCAACAACGGGACAUUAAUUUCUCGAAACUGGACAGAGAUCGGCACGCAUUGAUUCAGCAGACAUUCAAAGAGUUGAAUACAAUGUAUAAUAAUUUCAGUCGACGUAUGUCUGUCGGUACGCCAUUGUUGACCGUUUCGCGAGUGAAAGUAACCUUCAAAGACGAACCGGGCGAAGGUAGCGGCGUUGCCCGUAGUUUCUAUUCGGCAUUUUGCGAGGCCAUACUAUCGGGCGAAAAGUUGCCCAGUUUGGAGUCGUGUCACGCACCGAAUCGAUCGCUUCAAUACAAUCUGAUUCAGCGGCUGAAGAGUCGCGAACGUGAACGAGAACAGGCCCGACGAGCCUAUCAGGCCAGCCGAUCGUCGCGUGACCACAAUUCGACUUCGGGUAGUGGUGGCGGAGGAAGUUCGGGACGCGGAACUGAUAGCCGAUCCGAUAGGGAAGUGUUUACACAUUUGAGAUACGAAGCGCCGCCGUUUAUUAUGCCCGGCGAUCAGUCACCUCAGCAGCAACUGCAUCAACAACAACCGCAACAACAACUACACCAACAAUCACAACAACAACAGGUCAGCAAUAGUACUGUCAAUCUGAACGAAUUGCUUAGUCCUCAUCGACAACAACUUGGUAUGCGUUUGUAUCCGCGAGUCCAUCAACUGAGGCCAUCGUUGGCCAGUAAGAUAACCGGAAUGCUUCUGGAGCUGACACCGGCCCAACUGUUGACAUUGUUUGCAUCGGAGGACACCCUCAGGGCCAAAGUGGACGAAGCAGUCGAUAUUAUUCUAUCGCACGGCCGCGACACUACCGCCGACGGUCUAUUCGAGUUGGAUAUGUUUAAUCUGUCGAAAAACUUGCAAAACAACAACAACAACGUGAACACAUCGGCCACCAUCAACAUCACCAACAAUACGGCCACCAAUACAGCCGUCGGAGGCGGCGGCAAAACAGCAACAACAGGUCAAUCGGCCCGAACAUUGGACAUUGAAAUGGAAGACGAAGACGAAGAAGAUAAUGCCCCGCUAUUCUAUCAGCCGGGAAAACGUGGUUUCUAUUCGCCACGUCAGGGCCGGGCAUCGGCCGAACGUAUCAAUGCAUUCCGUAAUGUCGGCCGAAUUAUGGGCUUAUGUCUACUUCAGAAUGAAUUGUGUCCGCUAAGUCUUAGCCGUCAUGUCUACAAAUAUAUACUCCGGCGAACCAUUCUCUGGCACGACUUGGCCUUCUUUGAUCCCGUCCUUUACGAAUCGUUACGUCAACUGAUUGUUGACGUAGAAUCGGGUAACGAUUCGAUGUGCGCCGAUCUUGACCUCAGAUUUGCUGUGGAUUUGUGUCCAGAGGAAGGCGGCGGCGGUAAUGUCGAACUGAUACCCAAUGGCCGGAAUAUUGAAGUUACGCCGCAAACUAUCUACGAUUAUGUUCGCCGUUACGCUCAGUAUCGGAUGAUUCAGUCCCAGGAACGGUCACUUCAGGCACUUAGACAAGGAGUCUGUGAUGUUUUGCCCACUAAUGCUUUGGACGGAUUGACUGCCGAAGAUUUUCGUCUACUAUUGAACGGUGUUUCCGAAAUUAAUAUACAAUUAUUGAUCAGUUAUGUGACAUUCAAUGACGAGAGUGGCGACGGUAGCGAACAUUUGACUUAUUUUAAGCGUUGGUUUUGGUCUGUAGUGGAAAAGAUGACAAACCAAGAGAAACAAGAUUUGAUAUACUUCUGGACGGGUAGUCCAUCGUUGCCGGCGAGCGAAGAGGGCUUUCAGCCGAUGCCCAGUAUUACGAUUAGACCGCGCGAUGACUUGCAUUUGGCCACCGCUAAUACAUGCAUAUCAAGACUAUAUAUUCCCUUAUAUUCCUCUAAAUCCAUAUUACGUCAGAAGCUAUUGAUGGCCAUUAAGACCAAGAAUUUUGGAUUUGUUUAGUGACAAUAGAUAGAUGAAGAAGAAGAAGAAGAAGAAUAGGAUACCGAAGAUAUAGAUAAAGACAGAAAUAAAACACAAAACAAAACACAACACAAAAAACCACUCAAUUAUUUAAUCAUUAUUUUUCUUAUUAAUUAAUUAAUUAAUUAGUGUUUAUUAUUAUUAUAUU